AUGAAACUAGUGUCCAACCAUUCAACACGGGUUCUCGCAAAGGUGAUUGAUUUGUUGAUAACCUUAGACGAGUUCUCGCUAGAGACCAAAAGAGAUAAUGUGCAACCACAAUUAACGAUUGUAAUAGCUACUGCAACACUUCAACACAUUCUACUUGACCUCCUUAAUAAUCCAUUGAUGCGUGUGGCAGAUACAGGAGAAGGUAACCUAACGUUUGGUAAGAGUUUGCCGUUUUCCCACUGGUACUUGACUGUGCACUCGUGUGAGACAAAGCUUGUUGAGAAAAUCUUUACUAUUCAGAAUCUGGUGGAGAAGAAAAUAACCGUCAAGGGGUCUCUAUUAAACGCUUUCCAACUAAAUGGCUGCUACCACCAAGGCCUAAUUACUUGUGAGUGCCGAGGUAUCCAGAACUUCAUCUCAAAAUUCCUAAACUGCGUGGUAAACGAACAACUAAGCAUCUCACCACUUGGUUCACUCAAAGACCUAGAGAUAAGCACGAAAACAGACCCCAAAAGUACUUGGUCUCAAAACAAGUCUAUCACGUUGAUGUACAGUGAGAGUCAAGUAUCCGCCAUUUUAGGAAUAGGCGGACACAAACUCAAUUCCAUCAGAUUCCAAUCAAAAUGCUGGAUAUAUGUGCUGCCUGUUUCUGGUUUCAGGAAACCCAGAACUCAAAGAAUCCAAAUAUCAGGCACAGUUGACAACAUUGCAAUAGCAGUGUAUGAGAUUAAUAGGAUAGUCUCAGGUAAGUAG